AUGUUGAACCAAAGUGUAUUUUCGCGCCAUGAGUUGGAUUGCAUCGGCAUCGAUCUCGCCGGCAUUGUACUCCAGGGACCAGCAGAGCUUGGGAUUUCUGAUCUUCGAUCCUGCCGACGCCCGCUGGCUGACGAGGUGGACGUUCGACAGACCUUGUUUCGGGUGCUGUCCGCCAAGAAAAGGGCGUUUGUGUAUCAGUGUGCGAAGGGCUGUGACACCGACUUAGAUGAGGCGCGCGCAUAUACACACACCCAUGCUUGGACGUUUGGGUCAGGUGUCACAAACUUUGACCCAACCGGUGCCGAUGACAUUGCAAGCAAUCCGAGCAUCGGAUCACCAAGACUCUUGUCCGAAUAUUUUGAGCUGCUGGCCUCGCCAUCAACGGCUACGUCGUCUCCCUGCCAAUGCGAUUGUCAUCGCCAGCAGCUCCCUUUGCCCCCAUCAACAUGGCCUACCUUUACCCCUGGUCCAACGCUACACGCGGCAGGAUGGGGCCAGUCCCAGAUGACUUCAUCAGUUUUGGUAUCGCCUUACGGGAAUUCCCAGCAGCACAGUUACAGCUCAGGGCACAGCUAUGGGGCCGGGGCCUACAGCACCACUGGCAGCGAGUAUGAUGGGAGUUAUGGCUACUCCAACGACGCCGAGUACAUGGCUCCCUAUGGCUCAGGCUACCAGUACGAUUGCGACCCCAGCCAGGCACAUUACAUGCAGCAGCACACCACGGCAUCCACCAGCGAAGCGGAUGGAGCCGCGAUCGGGUCGACCGUUGCCGGUUCCGACAAGGACGGCGGCGGCAGCGGGUACAUCACGGGUCUGGUGCAGCGCAAGAUCCACAUCAGCAAGCUCCACGACCAAACUCAGCACCAAGACGUCAAGAAGCUCCUCGAAAAGGUCAACGGCGUGCUCAAAAUCCAGUUCCAACCGGCCGACAGCAAGCGCGGCAAAAAGUGCCACGCCCUUGUCACCCUUGUAACGCACGAGGCAGCAAACGACGCCAUCGCCCAGCUCGAGGGCAAGACGCUCAAGGGCCGGGCCAUCGCCGUGCGCCUCGCCGUCGAGCUGCAGCGCCCGCACCGGCCGCAGCAGCAGCAACAUCACGCGCCGCCCUCGUCGUCGGGGUCCUACGCCCCGUCCUCGUUGUCGUCCUACUCCCCAGAGGGCUCCUAUUCGAACACCUACACCCAGGACAGCAACAGCGUAUAUUCAGUGGGGGAUUUUGAAGGCGACAGUCACUCCGGGCGUUCCUACCGCCGCCGCGGUAGCCACAAGUCCGGAUCCAAGAAGGAUCAACCCAUGGUGGUAGACGGCACCAUACGAUGA